GAGGACGCGGACGCAGAGCAGCAGACCUAUCUUCACUUCUCUGGUCCUUCUGCUGAAGAGCCUUCGAGCCCGACGCUGAACCAACACCAGGAAGAAAGAAUCCUGAGAGCUGUUCCAUUAUGGCGGCGCGGCGGCAGCUUCUCCUCAGCCUCAUCAUGGCAGCGUGUUUCCACGGCAACGCUGCUGAGAAGACAGUCUGCACUCAAGAGGCUGUGGCCGACAUUGUCUUCAUGGUCGACGGGUCAUGGAGCAUCGGCUCCGAGAACUUCAAGCAGAUCCGUCAGUUUCUGUACACGCUGGUGAACAGCUUCGACGUUGAUCCUGAGCACGUCCGCAUCGGGCUGGUCCAGUACAGCACCACUCCGCGCACCGAGUUCCUGCUCAACACCUAUCAGAACAAGAAGGACAUCCUUAAGUACAUCAACAACUUGCCUUACAUGGGGGGCGGCACCCAGACGGGUCAAGGCCUGGACUUCAUGCUGAAGAAGCACUUUGUGGAGACAGCUGGAAGCCGGGGUGGCCAGAAAGUGCCGCAGAUCGCUGUGGUGAUCACCGAUGGCAAAUCACAAGACAACGUGGAGUCCCAUGCUAAGGAUCUGAAGAGAAAGGGAAUUGUUUUGUAUGCGAUUGGUAUCAAAGAUGCAGAUGAAGACCAGCUGAAAGAGAUAGCCAAUGAUCCGCACAGUCAGCACGUCUACAGCGUGUCUGAUUUUGCAGCGCUGCAGGGAAUUUCUCAGAGCAUCGUCCAGACACUUUGCACAACUGUAGAAGAAGUCAAACGGCAACUCCUGCAAUUGUCUCAAGAAUGUGCCAAAGCCACCAUAGCCGACAUCGUCUUCCUGGUAGACGGCUCUUCUAGCAUCGGCAUCAGUAACUUUCAGGAGGUGAGGCAGUUUCUCCGAAGCGUCGUCACAGGCCUUGCAAUCGGCCCCGACAAAGUUCGGAUCGGCUUGGCUCAGUACAGUGAUGAAUCUUACCUGGAGUUCCUACUGAAGGAUCACAUGGACAAGACAUCCUUGCUGGCUGCAGUGGACACAUUUCCCUACAGAACAGGAGGCACAGAAACAGGCGAGGCCAUCGACUUCCUUCGGACGACCUUUUUCACAGAGGACGCAGGGAGCCGAGCCAGCCAACGGGUGCCGCAGAUCGCUGUGGUCAUCACCGAUGGAGACUCCACGGACGAUGUGUUAGGGCCCGCCCAGCGCUUGAGGCAGCAUGGAGUCAUAGUGUUUGGCAUCGGGGUGGGAGCAGCCAACAUGAAGGAGCUCGAGUCCAUUGCCAACCAGCCUCGAGACCGCUUCCUGUCAUCCAUCGAUAACUACCAGGCUCUGCAGAGGCUGACGGACAGUCUGCUGCAAACUGUUUGCAUCUCUGUGGAGGAUCAGAAGCAAGCCUUGGCAGAAAGGUUUGCAGACAUCUUCUUCCUGGUGGACAGCGGCGUGACUAAACUAGAGUUCCAGCAGAUCAAGAGCAUCCUCACCCGACUGGCCAAUCAACUGAACAUCGGAGCGUCUGCCUACCAUCUAGACUGGGCCCAGUAUGGUCAAGAAGUUCAGAUGGAACACCUUCUUAAUUCUCACCAAACCAAAGAGGAGACCCAGAACAAUGUUAAGCUUUUCCGCCAGCGAAAACUGCAACCCAACGAGCCUCGUAGACUGGGCUUCGCGUUGCAGUACGGCAGCACUCACUUUUUCACGAGUGAAGCAGGAAGCCGUGCGGAACAAGGCUACCGACAGAUCCUGGUUGUUAUAAGUGGAAAAGACUCAGAUGAUUCCGUGUAUAGGGAGUCACGUCUGAUCAAAUCAUCAGGAAUAACUGUGGUGGGGUUGAGUCUCGGUGCAUCGAUGCAGGAAAUGCGUGUCAUUGCCACUGCACCGUUCAUAUACCAGUCCAUCAGCAAUGUAGUACCUGCACUGAGGGCUGUUUUUGAAACUGAGGAAACGGAGACCACUCUUACCGGAGAUUGCAAGGCAGCCAAACUGGCAGACAUCGUGUUCAUCGUUGAUGAGUCAGGAAGCAUCGGCAAUCGCAAUUUCAAGCUGGUGCGCUCUUUCCUGCACUCGAUAGUGAGCGGCCUGGAAGUCAGUCCAUCUAGAGUCCGGGUGGGCAUCGUGAUGUAUAACUCCAGGGCCACAGCACUGGUCCACCUCAACACCUUCAACAACAAGGACGAAUUGCUGAAUUUCAUCAAAAUCCUGCCUUAUCAUGGAGGUGGUACGAAUACUGGAGAGGCCCUAAAGUUCACCCUGGAGAAGGUUUUUAUCAAGGCGACAGGAAGCAGGAAAGACACUGGUGUCCAGCAGUUGGCAGUGGUGAUCACAGAUGGUGAAUCCCAGGACAACGUGAGCACAGCAGCAGCUGAACUUCGUCGGGCAGGGGUCAUUGUUUACGCUGUAGGAGUCAAGGGUGCCAACGAUGCCCAGCUGGUAGAGAUGGUGUCUCAUCCCCCCAAUAAGCACAAGUUCAUUGUGGACAGUUUUGCCAAGCUGAAAUCUCUGGAGCAGAGCCUGCAGAAAAGUCUGUGCGAUAACAUCCUUCGCCAAGAUAUCUCAGUCAGUACAAGAAGGACGCGCAUCAAAGAAGGCUGCGUACAAACGGAUGAAGCAGACAUCUUCUUCCUGAUCGAUCACUCAGGAAGCAUUUACCCCAACGACUUCAUAGACAUGAAGAAGUUCAUCAUUGAGUUUCUUCAUACCUUUCGUAUUGGGCCACAACAUGUCCGCAUGGGGGUUGUGAAAUACGCAGAUUUGCCAAAUUUAGAAUUUGAUCUGACAACCUACUCCGAUACCAAGACAUUGGAGAAAGCCAUCGACAAUAUUAUACAAAUAGGAGGUGGGACCGAGACAGGAAGAGCGCUGAAAUUCAUGGGCCCAUACUUUGAUCAAGCAGAGGCCACUCGUGGUCAUAAAGUCCAAGAGUACCUGAUCGUCAUCACAGAUGGAAAAUCCGCUGAUGAGGUCAAGGUUCCUGCAGAAAAACUGAGGGCGCAGGGUGUCACCGUGUAUGCCAUCGGGGUGAAGAGUGCAGACACAGAAGAGCUGAAAGAGAUUUCCGGCGACCCCAAGAGGACUUUCUUUGUCAAUAAUUUUGAUGCUCUGAGGCCCAUCAAGGACGACAUCAUCACAGACAUCUGUUCUCCAGACGCUUGCAAAGACGUACCAGGCGACCUCCUUUUCUUGAUUGACAGCUCUGGGAGCAUCGCUCCACAAGACUACAGUAAAAUGAAAGACUUCAUGAAAUCUGUCAUCAGCAAGUCCGGCAUUGGGAAAAAUGAGGUGCACGCCGCUGUCAUGCAGUUCAGCACCAUCCAACAACUAGCGUUCUCCCUCAACCAAUACUACAGCAAGGAAGAAAUGUUGAAUGCCAUCAAUGGUAUGGAGCAGGUUGGUGGAGGCACACUCACAGGUGAAGCCAUCAAAGGUGUGUCGCAGUACUUUGAUGCAUUCAAAGGCGGGCGUCCUGGCAUUAGACAGAGUCUGGUAGUGAUAACAGACGGCGAGGCACAAGACCAGGUCAAAGGCCCCGCUGAGGCUCUGAGGGACAAGGGAGUGAUUGUCUACGCCAUUGGAGUGGUAGACGCUAACACCACCCAGCUGCUGGAGAUCAGCGGUACAUCGGAGAGGGUGUAUUCUGAGAGGGACUUUGACGCUCUGAAAGACUUGGAGAACCAGGUGGCCAUGGAGCUCUGUGUCCCAGAGAGCGUUUGUAGGAAGACAGAAAAAGCUGACAUUAUUUUCCUGGUGGACGGCUCCACUAGCAUAACCCUGAGCAAGUUCAGAAGCAUGCAGAAGUUUAUGGCGUCAAUGGUGAACCAAACCACCGUUGGCAAGAACCUGACUCGCUUUGGAGUCAUCCUCUACUCCUCCGACCCCAACUCUAUUUUUACUCUGAAACAGUACGCCUCCAAACGAGAGGUUCUUCAAGCUAUAUCAGCACUGAAGUCCCCAUAUGGAGACACCUACACUGGCAAGGCUUUGGCGUACUCUUUGCAGUUCUUUAACAAUGACAACGGCGGUCGGGCGGAUCUCCAGGUGCCACAGAUCCUCAUGGUGAUCACAGAUGGCGAUGCUACCGACCGUAACAGUCUGGUGGCGCCAUCCGUGGCACUGCGAGAAAAAGGAAUCAGCGUCUUCAGUAUCGGAGUGGAAGGAGCCAACAAGACGCAGUUGGAGAUCAUGGCUGGUCACGACACCUCCAAAGUUUUCUAUGUGGAUAAUUUUGAGGCCUUGGAAACUCUGUACAAGAAUAUUACUAUAGUCCUCUGCAAUACCACCAAGCCAGUUUGUGAGAAACAGCAGGCUGACCUGGUCUUCCUCCUCGAUCAGUCUGGCAGCAUCUCCCCACAGGACUACGCCACCAUGAAGAAGUUCACCUCAGAACUAGUGAACAGCUUCAAAGUCAGUGAAGAUUUAGUGCGGGUAGGACUUGCCCAGUUCAGCAGUUUGUUCCAAAAUGAGUUUUACCUGAACCAGUUCUACAGCUCGCAAACCGUGACCGAGCACAUCUUGGAUAUGAAGCAACUCGGUGGAGGCACCAGCAUCGGACUGGCCCUGGACUCCAUCAAGGAUUACUUUGAGGCAUCACGGGGCAGCCGAAGAUCCGCCGGGAUCUCCCAGAAUCUGGUGCUAAUCACAGACGGUGAAUCGCAGGAUGACGUGGAGGAGGCGGCGAAUCGUCUCAGGGAUCUGGGCAUCGAGGUGUUUGCCAUCGGCAUUGGAAAAGUCCACGACCUGGAGCUCAAGCAGAUCACCGGCACCCCUGAGAGGCUGUUUACCGUGCAGAACUUCGGCAGCUUGGAAAAGAUCAAGCAAAAGGUGGUUGACACAAUCUGCAAAUCUAAACCCAUCAAGGACCCAAGUGACUGCAGCAUUGAUAUCGCCAUGGGAUUCGAUAUUUCUCGAAGAACCGGAGCUCCGGGUGAGAUGCUGGUCAGCGGCCACAACAAGCUCCAGAGCUUCCUGCCGGACAUCGCACAUUACGUGUCUUCGCUACAAGGCCUGUGCUGCGUCGGCCCCGCGCCGGUCAAGACCAACAUCGCCUUCCGGGUGGUGGGUCGCGAUGGAAGAUCUCUGUACGACUUCAACUUUGAGGGCUACAGCGAGGAAGUGGUGAAGAAAGUCAUGACCUUGAAUUUGGCAGAGCCCACUUACUUCAACACCGCCCUGCUGAAAUCCUUCGGCCAGAAGUUCAGCGGCGAGUCCAGAGCCGGCGUGAAGGUGCUGGUGAUCUUCUCCGACGGACUCGAUGAAGACGUGAUGAAGCUGGAGCACGAGUCAGAGCUGCUGCGAAAGUCUGGGGUCAGCGCUCUGCUGACCGUGGCUCUGGAGGGGGCCCGGGACCCAGCCCAGCUGCAGAUGGUGGAGUUCGGUCGCGGAUUCGGAUACAAGCUUCCUCUCAGCAUCGGCAUGGGGAGCGUCGGCAGCACCAUCCUCAAACAGAUUGACUCGGUGUCAGACAGGGAGUGCUGCAACGUCAUGUGCAAAUGUUCGGGACAUGAAGGCAUCCGGGGGACUCGGGGCCUCCCGGGGUCAAAGGGCGUGUCUGGACAGAAGGGAUUCCCCGGGUUCCCAGGAGAGGAGGGCGUCGCUGGGGAGCGAGGUCGUCCUGGACCCAGCGGACCUCAGGGGGUUCAGGGUUGUCCAGGGCUGCGAGGACAGAAGGGCUUCCGAGGCCUCCGGGGGAACAGGGGCGGAGAAGGAGAAGACGGGCUGGACGGCGUUAACGGAGAACAGGGUGUGACGGGGAAAGAUGGCGGCCGAGGAGAGCUAGGACACUCAGGAAACCCCGGUAUCCCGGGUAUCAGAGGGGAGGUGGGGCUGAAAGGACAGCGAGGACUGAGAGGAGAUCCGGGGGAACCAGGCGCUGAUAACACCCGCCCAGGAGCCAAGGGAGACCCUGGGAACCCAGGUGUACCGGGGACCGCUGGACAGGACGGCCGGCCGGGGGAGAGCGGCGUCGUGGGAAACCCGGGUCCGGAUGGCAGAAGAGGGACGCUGGGCAAGAAGGGUACUCCUGGACAGCCUGGAGCUCCAGGACUCCAAGGCAUCGCAGGUGCUUCAGGUCAACAGGGUCCCGGAGGGGUCAGAGGUCAACCUGGACCGAGAGGAGUCCCCGGCCUCCCUGGACCUCAGGGUGGACCGGGAGUAGCUGGAAACCUGGGAUCAGCUGGACGGCGUGGAGCCAACGGACAGAAGGGUCAACCAGGAGAUCCAGGAGCCAAAGGUGUUCCCGGAUCACUGGGACCUCGAGGACUACCGGGUCAGGAUGGUAAAGAUGGUUACGGACCUACAGGACUGAAAGGUGCAAAGGGAGAUCUCGGGUUUCCUGGUUAUCCCGGUCUGGUGGGGGAGAGCGGCCUGAUGGGGCCUCAAGGAUACCUGGGGCGUAAAGGGAACCGAGGUCGAGGCGGGAACUCAGGCCGGCCGGGAGAGUCGGGCGUGCCUGGAGAGCCAGGAUACCCAGGACACACCGGUCUCAGAGGUCCUCCGGGAGGCAAAGCGAAGACUGAGUGUCAGCUGAUCACCUACAUCAGAGACAACUGUGCUUGUGCUAUCGACCGGUCCGAGUGCCCGGCGUACCCCACGGAGCUGGUGUUGGGCCUGGACAUGUCGGAGGACGUGACGCCGCCGGCCUUCGAGAAGCAGCGAUCCGCCCUCAUCUCUCUACUGGAGGACAUCAACAUCUCUGAGAGCAACUGUCCGACGGGCGCUCGCGUCGCCGUGGUCGGUUACAGCGCCUACACCAAGUACCUGAUCCGCUUCCAGGACUACCACCGCAAGACUCAGCUGAUGGAGCUGGUGAAGAACAUCGCCCUGGAGAAGACGUCCAACCGGCGCCAGCUGGGGGCCGCUAUGCGCUUCGUGGGUCAGAACGUCUUCAAGCGCGUCCGAGGCGGACUGAUGAUGAGGAAGGUGGCCAUCUUCCUCUCCAACGGGCCGUCGCAGGAUGUCAACGACAUCGUCACCGCCAUGAUGGAGUACCGCGGCCUCAACAUCGUCCCGGCGGUCGUCUCUCUGGAGAUCGCUCCUGCUGUGGCUCAAGCGAUGGAGAUCGACGACACGCGAACCUCCAUCUUCACGGUGCUGGGGAGGGACACGGCUGCUGACCUGCAGAAGGUCAAGAACUGUGCGAUCUGCUACGACCCCUGCAAGCGUCUGGAGCAGUGCGCCUUCAUCCAGGACCCGGUGCCGCCUCAGGAGGUGAAUGUGGACCUGGUGAUGGUGGCGGACAGCUCCAGGGAGAUGCAGGCUGAUGAGUACGCCGGCGUACAGCAGCUGCUGGUCUCUGUGGUGGAGCAGCUGGCCGUGAGCUCGCAGCCCCGCCGGGCCGGCAGCCAGGCCCGGGUGGCCGUAGUCCAGCAGAGCGGCACCCAGGCCGCCAAGGUGGAGUUCGGCCUCGGGACCUAUCAGACCUCCGCCCUGAUGAGGAGGCACCUGCUGCGCAACAUGACGCAGCAGGGCGGCUCCUCGGCGCUGGGACACACGCUGGAGUUCUGCCUGAAGGAGCUGCUCCUGAAAGCCGGACAGCCCCGCAAGAGUAGGGUGCUGCUGGCCGUAGUGGGCACCCAGACGGCCCAUGAGGACCGAGCCACGCUGCACUACAUCUCCCAGAAGGCCAAGUGCGAGGGGGUGGCGCUGUUCGUGGUGACGGUCGGCGAGCGUUACGACCGGACGCAGGUGGAGGAGCUGGCCAGUCUGCCCGUCCUGCAGCACCUGAUUCACCUGGACCGCCUGAAGGCCGAGGAGCAGAGCUACGCCCAGCGCUUCUUCAGAGUCUUCCUCUCCGCCCUCAGCAGUAGAACGAACACGUAUCCUCCUCCGUCUUUAAAGCGGACGUGUGCCGAGCUGCCAGGGCAAAGUGGAGGACAGAUAUUCAUAAACGGGCAGGGGACAGCAGUGUUGGACGAGGACGAGUUUAGAGACGAGAGCUUUCAGGAGCAGACGGGAGGAACGACUCAGACCGGCCAGCUGGACGUCAUCGACACGCUGAGAGGAGACGGACAGAGAUUUGUCUCACUGUAUAAUGCCCAGUGUCAGCUGCAUGCUGAUACUGGUAUCCCGUGCGGUGACUAUGUCCAAGUCUGGUUCUUUGACAAACACAUCGGUGCAUGCGCUCCCUUCUGGUAUGGCGGUUGCGGCGGUAACGUCAACCGCUUUAAGUCGGAAAAAGAAUGUUUCUAGACAUGUGGCGUCCAUCAUCCCAACAUCCUGCCAAAGCCAGAGCUGGCCAGCUUCGUCUCCAAAGACAGCUGCUUCCUCAGCCAGGACCAGGGCGGCUGCCAGAACUACACCAUGGUGUGGUUCUAUGACACCACACAGAACGAAUGUUCUCGCUUCUGGUACGGCGGCUGCGGCGGUAACGAAAACCGCUUCAUGACGCAAAACGAGUGCGAGAAAUUGUGUCUGACGAGGAGCCGGUGAGGAGGAGGAGAACAUCGCCUCUGUACACCGAACACGAGUUCUUCCAGGAGAAACAGCCGAGAGACUUUGCGAAUGAUUUAAAAACCUUUGUUCUGUAACUGAUAAACCGUCUUCAGGGAAGUUUAAACUGUCCAAAACGUUUUUGAGUCAUUUGUCACGAAGAAGAGUUAUUUAUUUUCACUUCUUCACGUGUUAAAACUCUUCUUCUUCUUCUUCUUCUUCUUCUUCACAUCAGGUGCUAUUUUUAUGAAGCCAGUGGAGGCUGAUGUAAACAAGUGUGUGUGAAGGAAUCUAAUAUUGAAUACAAAUAUUAAAGUGUUUCUAUGUAAACGAGCUAAACAACAAUAACUGGUCAUAAAUGUUUGAUUCAACUCACAUUCUGCAGACAGACAGACAGACACAGACAGAGAGACAGACAGACAGACACAGACAGACAGAGA